ACACCGAACGGGCGGCCAUUACGAGAGUUGCGGAUGCUUCCGAGAAGUUGGGGAUAAUGGAGGAUGAGUCGUUUAUGAGCGAUGUUGAGGAUUAUGUUAAACAGCAUAAUGUGCAAGAAAUUCUCAGAGACUGCGUUGUUAACUUGUGCCUACAUCGUCCUAGUAAUCCAAUUGCAUUUCUCCGUGAGUAUUUUGAGAAGCUGGAGGUUUGUAAUGGAAAAUGUACUGCAGCAUCAACUAGUCAUGUAACUGGGUUCGCUUUUCAUAAACACCCAGAACUCAAUGAAGAUUCACACACAUUUCCUAUAUCAAAUACCUCCAGCCGCCCUUUCCAACAUGAAGUUAAAAGUCAUGGGAGUGGUCGCUUUGGUGUUAUUAUUCCCUCCGUGAGCUCUCAGAAUUGUGGGCAAUCUUCAGAAAUGAAUAACCAUCGAUGCUCCUGUGAUACAGAUAAUCUUAUUCCUAACACUCUUGAAAAAAGUUUGACCGAAACUCCUUUGAAAGUUGAUAGUAGUUAUGAAUCCAAUAAUAUGAAUGAAGAUGGAAGUGGUUAUGAUGGAGGAAAUAGUGGGGGGACGAGAGGUUUGUUAGCUGUAUCACCCUCCGGAGUUAGUUUAACUAGACGUCGAUCUCGAAGAGGAGCAGUUAGUGGUGAAGUUUAUACAGAAGAAGAUGCUGCAUCUUACGUUAAGAAGGUUGUACCGAAGGAUUAUAAAACGAUGACAGCUCUUUCAAAGGCUAUCGCCAAAAAUGUUCUAUUUUCUCAUUUAGAUGAGACGGAAAGGAGUGAUAUAUUUGAUGCCAUGUUCCCUGUACAUCGUAAUUCAGGCGAUGUGAUUAUUCAGCAAGGAGAUGAAGGUGAUAAUUUCUACAUAAUCGACCAGGGUGAGGUUGAUAUCUUCCUCAAUAAUGAGUAUAGUAGUACAAUCGGGGAAGGAGGUAGUUUCGGUGAACUAGCUCUCAUCUACGGUACGCCUAGAGCAGCUACGGUUAGAGCGAAAACGGAAGUUAAAUUAUGGGGUAUUGAUCGAGAUUCUUAUAGAAGAAUACUGAUGGGGAGUACUAUUCGUCGUCGAAAAGUGUAUCAGGAAUUCCUAUGUCGUGUACCUAUUUUAGAUAAUCUUGACAAAUGGGAACGACUAACUGUAGCAGAUGCUCUCGAACCAGUCCGUUUCGAAGAUGGUGAAGUUGUUGUUCGUCAAGGUGAACAUGGUGAUGACUUCUUUAUUAUUACAGAGGGUACAGCUGCUGUUUUGCAAAGGCCGUCUGAAUCGGGUGAACAAGUUGAAGUCGGUAAAUUAAGACCAUCAGACUAUUUUGGUAAGUGUUUUAUUUGUUUGAAGAAUUUGUAUAAGUUGUUAGCUUAACAUAAUGUAUCGAACACAUAAUUUAACGCUUGUUACGUCGUGAAGCUAUACAUUUCAUUAAACACUCGGAACUUAGCACUCACCACAAAUAAUUUAUAAUAAUUACAAUCUAGAGUUCUGGACAUUAUCGACUGCUUUUUUAACCAUAAAUCUGUAGUUUAAAGUACGAAAUUAGAAUACAAUCUAGUUCGAAUUCAUUAAACGAAAGUGAUAAUUCUUUAGGUCUUUAAAGUAUAACCAUGUCUACUCUGUUAUGUGAAAGCAAUCAUACACCUAAUUUAUAUUAAUUGAAUGAAAGUCAAUAUAUUUCAGGUCGUUCAACGCUUAAACAAAUAAACGAGUUUCAAUAGUUUUUAUCCUUUCAUUCGUGAAUCCAGGUAAAUUACAAGAAUCUUGAAGAGCAAAUUGUAAAUGCACUCAAAAAUGCUGGGACGGAGUGGAGUAAACAUUGACAUUUACAAAAGUUUGUGGACUGGUAUUUUAGAAACUGCGUCUUCCAUUACAGUAAGGUGCAAGACAAAAAGGACUUAGAUUCGUGCAAUCUAAAGUAUGUUACUCAUAAGUACCUAACAUAUUGUGGAAUUUUCCUGCGCACUUGUUAUUAGUUGAUCGUUGACUCAUUACUUCGGAUCAACCAAUAUUGUACUGUUCACCUUUAUCUUUGUUAAGUAUUGGUACUCAUUGAUAAUUUAAUCACGUUGAAUGUAAAAGAGACCAGUUAUUAUUUACUAUCGAGCCAUUCAUUUGUUGUGUAAUCUGAUGAAGAUAAAACGUUUUCGUCCUAAUAAACCUCAGAACACGUUAUUCCAGGUAAUAUGAUAAACCACAUGUAAUCGAAAAAACAGAAAACCUCUCGGUGAGUUCGAACCGCCAAAAUCAUCUGAAGAGUUUAUGGUAGAGUUUAGCUAGAAAGUUUAGAUAAAGACAAGUUGUUAUAAAAUUAAUUAUCUAGCCGAUAAAUAAGUAGUGUAGUAGCUUAUUUUGACAAAGUAGUGUUUAACUUAAGGAUGCCUUACUAGUAAAAUAAACAUACGACCUCGUCCUUGAUGUAUUUUACUGGUGCAUUUCGAUAAAUACGUCACUUAUCUGAAUAAAAAACUGACUCAAAAUAUAGGGCUUGGUUUAAUGAGUGGGCUACAUUUUUUGACUAAACGAAUUCUAUUCUGGCGGAAAACUGCUUGACUUCCCUGAUAUGCGUAUAUUUAUGGAAAUAAUACUCGAUUUAGAUGUUAUUUUCGGCACAACUCACUGUUGAUUUUCCGGUUUCUAUUUAUUUAUUUAAACACAUAAAUAUUGAUACAAAGGGGCACUGAAUACAUGUGCACCACACAAGUCACUUGGUUUGUGUGUGGGCUGUGAUACUACUCGGAUAUCCAGAUCGGCCUAAAGGUGUGAUCCACAAGGCAGUGGAGCAACGCCAGGAGAUGCAGUCCCAUGGUAGCAGGUGGUCAAUAUAGUUGGUUCAUACGCCAUUUGUUCCAUCAUGAUCCUGGAGCCCAUGUGCACCAGUGGUUUGGGAUCAGGGUUUUCCAACUCCCUUAGCUGGGUCCUCCGUGUCCACCAACCCGGUUUAAGCGCCGGACAUUCGCUUUUCAUCCUGUCAAUUUCGUAAACAACACCCCAGCUGCGAGAAGGCGAUGAGUAGGACUUCCCUAGGAGUGGCUGUAUACGCGUGGUCAUGUGAGAGCAUUUCGAGUCUAUAUUUGGAAGUCAUAGAUACAGUGAAUUUAAUCUAAGAUGUGUAACAGGUUACAAUAUUUGCACUGGACUGUAAAUCAACUUCUAGUGUUCAGUCAAACUGCUGUUUAGUAGCAUUUUCAGUUUUUCUUCUGUUUGCACACUGAAGAGAAAUUCCGGCAAAGCGACAUGUCCCUAAAAAUUGCUUGUUCGUAUUACUAUUUUAUUUCAUCGAACUAUAUCGGGCUUGUUACUUUAAAGAAUUUCUGGUUAAGUUGAGGACAGUAAGACUUUCUGCUAUCACUCGUUAGUCGUAUUACAUCUAAUCGUCCUGAAUUCGCCCAUUUUGUGACAUAAGUCGCUACUAAAUCAAGUGAUGUAAACAUUAGAAAGUGGUACAUUUCUAGAAUCUAAUAUUUGAAUAAUCGGAGAAUAUUUUAGCUCAUAAAUCGUAACGCAAAACUAUCAGUUACUUGUCCCCUUGAAAGACAUUGGUAUAUAUUCCCCAAUAAUACACCUAGAUUUCAUACAGUAACAACACCGUAAAAAGUCGUAUUGUUAGCAAUUUCUGUUAGAAUUAAAUAUAUUACCAAUUUUUUACGCACUUAAUUAUUUGACUUCUCAAACUUAUUUUACAUAGGUGAGAUUGCUUUACUGCUUGAUCGACCACGUGCAGCAACUGUUGUUGCCCAAGGUACUCUACGUUGCGUGAAACUUGACCGCAAACGAUUUGAACGAGUCAUGGGUCCGUGUUCAGAUAUUUUGAAACGCAACAUAGCUAAAUAUAAUAGCUAUAUUUCUUUGAGUGUAUGAAUUUGUAGUUCUUUUUUAGGGUAAUUAGUUCCCAAGAUGAGAAGUUGGGUAUGAAUUCAGAAAAGCUAUGAAUCUUCUAAAGUAAUUUGUUUUACUAUAACACAGGUUACUUAAUUUGUUGUGAACGCCAACAAUGGAUUCUUUAUUUAUUAUCCUCGACAUAAAUAUAUGUUAGAAACGCUUUUAAUGCUUUUUAAAAGCAAUUGUAAACUGGUGCGGGGAAACAUACUUCAUUUAAACAUGGUUCAAUAACAUAAACACGUGCACAUUCCAUCUAGUUCUUGACAUUUGUCCAUGAUUGAAGGAAGCUGUUGAGUAAACUAAAGCUCAGCAUAGUGAAUAGAUGCCUAAUACAUCUAUUUGGCCUU